UUCUUUUCCACGUGCAUUUGACCAUACCGAAGCACGCGUUUUUCACAAAUUGACGUUUAUUUUAAAAGAAACUCAUCAAAAUGGCACAAAGGAAGCAGGCUAACAAGAAAUCCGCGGGCAACAACAAGCGCGGCCCCAAGGCAAAACAGGUUGAAGAGGAGAAGCCUGAAAUGGAGGUAGACGCCAGCGAUGACGACUCUGACGCUGAUGAGGAGCAGAAUGGCGUCAACUUUAACGAUGGCAGCGAUUCUGAGGCGGAAGGUGCAUCAGAGGCUGAGGAAGCAGAAGAUGAUGAUGAAGAGGAAGACGAAGAUGAGGAUGAGGACACAGUCGAACCUGGCGAGAUAUCAAAGAGCGCAAAAUCCACCGGGGAAUCUGAUGAAGAGGACGAUCAGGAUGCCGAUUCCGAUGAGGAGCCCGAUGAAGCACCAAUUGGCAAGCAGAGCAAAAAAGCAGAGACACCCCAAAAGGGCGGCAUACCAAAAGUUAUCGUGGGCCGUAUCCCACCCGAAACACCCAAGGAGCAGCUAUUGUUCGUAAGCAAUAUACCACAAGAAUACAAACACAUUGAUAUGAUUGCCUUGUUUGCGAAAUUUGGACCAAUUGCCGUAGUUAAUCGCAUUAAGUCAAAGGCUGGCGGCAACAACCUUGUCAUUGCCUUUGAGUCUGCCGAAGCCGUUAAUGCCGCACUUGCUGCCAAGGAGAAGGCACUGACGCUCAAUGACCAGGUCGUAAACGUGUCUCGUCCAAUAAACAAGGGUGACUUCUCCGAUCGCACUGUUGCUGUGGGACUGAUUGGAGCCAAUGCCACUAAGGAACAAAUUUCUGAGCAUUUUAAGGGCUGUGGUGCUAUUGAGGCUAUUAACUUUUCUAACAAUCGUUUGUUGCCCCACGCAUACGUUCGGUUCGUUUCGGUGAGCUCGGUACCCAAGGCUCUUAAAUUGCACGACAGUGAGUUCCAGUCGCGCUUCAUCACAGUUCGUGAAGACUCGUACAGAAACAAUGACUUGAAAUCACCAGAAUGCACAUUGAUCAUCGCUAACACAGGCAAUUAUGAUCACUUCAAAUCAGAAACAAUUGAAAAGAUCUUUAAGAAGCACGGCGAAAUUAUAGACCUUGAUACAGUUUGCACAAAGGCCGUUUUGGGCUUUGUUACCUACAAAACUGCCGAGCAGUCCGAAAAGGCGCUUAAGCAGUUAAAUGGCAAGACUUUCGGCGAUCUGGAGAUUAAAGUGGAAGCGUACCGUUACAGCUCCAGUGGGCGCACCAUUCGGGUAACAAACUUAGCACCAGGCGUUGAAGAGGAGGAUCUUAAUGAGCUGUUCAAGAAAGCGGGAGAAAUUGAGAGCAUCCUAAAGAUGCCCUAUAGGGCAGUUAUCAAAUUCACCACCGACGAUGCCUUCUGCAAAUCCUUCCUGUUUAACGAGCGGAUGAUUAAAGGUCAACCUAUCUUCUUGGAGCCAAACUCUGCACUAAAGCAUAAAUUGACCCAGAAGAAAAAUGCACAUAAACCCCAGCAAUUCUAUGGAAAGCGUGCUGCUCCUAAUGCAUCAAAUGCACCUCCGGCAAAAUUUAAGAAAUUCAGCAACAGCAAUAACAACAACACCAAUCAGAAGAACAAGCCCUUCAACAAACGCCCAGAACAGGGCAACGGCUUCACGCCGAAACCAUUUAAGAAGGCCAACAAGGUCUAAUCUUUUUGUUUUGCCGCCUAAUAUCCUAGUCUUAAGUUAAAAAAAAAAAAACAAACAAAAAAUGUACCCACAUCCCAAUGCAACAACAGACAGUGCAUUGAUUAAAGUUUUAUAAGCUGGCAAUAUGUGUCUGCGCCUAUUCAAGAAUUGUAUUUGAAUAUUUUACAAUAUGCUAAUAAAGCUGAGUAUCACUAA